CUGGAUAUCAGAGUGUUCAGAUCACUGAAACAGAAACACUGGACUGGCUGAAGGCUGUGAUCGAGGAGACACGCAGCUGUCAUCGUGCUAACUGCUACGUGUUUACAAGCCAGGUUCACGCCACCCUCUAUCGCCACCUGGUGGAAACACUCAAAGCUACAACAACAUAAAACUGUCAUGGCGGCUGCCACCAGGCUCGUUUCAAGGUUGGCGCUGGUCAGCGGUGGAGGCAGCGGGAUUGGACGGGCGGUGUGCCAGCGUUUCGCCUCUGAGGGCGCCUCCGUGGUGGUCGCUGACAUUAGCGAGGAGUCAGCCAAUGAGACGCUGGACAGUCUGCGGGACGACCUCAGAGGGCAGGUUCACACGGCGGCUGUGGUGGACGUGUCGUCUAAGGAGAGCAUCCAGAAGCUUGUAACGAGCGUGCAGACUCGUUACUUCCAGCCUCCCUCGGUGUGCGUGAACGCAGCCGGCAUCACCCAGGACAACUUCCUGCUCAGCAUGGAGGAGGAGCAGUUUGACAAAGUCAUCCAGAUCAACCUGAAGGGUUCAUUCUUGAUCACUCAGGCUGUCGCUCAGGCUCUGGUGGCCUGCGGAGCGCCCAGAGGAUCCAUCAUCACUGUGGGCAGCAUCGUGGGAAAGGUGGGGAACAUCGGACAGGCCAACUACGCCGCCUCUAAAGCCGGAGUGGAGGGUUUGACCAGGACCGCCGCCAAUGAGCUCAGCAGGUUUGGGAUUCGGUGUAACUGCGUGCUGCCGGGAUUCAUAACGACUCCAAUGACAGACAAAGUACCAGAGAAAGUUAUUAGCAAGAUGAAGUCGUUGGUGCCUCUGGGACGAAUGGGCGAGCCUGCAGAGGUCGCUGAUGUCUGCGCCUUCCUCGCCUCCGAUGACUCUCAGUACAUCACCGGCGCUAGCAUCGAGGUCACAGGUGGGCUGUUCAUGGGUUAAACCAGCCGUCCAGCACAUUAAUGGACAUCAACAUGAGGCCAUAAUUAUUUUAAUGACUCUUUUGAUUAUGUGACGUUAUGAUUGUGUGAAUGUUUGUGUAAUUUUGGUGUGAACUUGUGCUGCACAGUGUAAA